AUGCGUGCUUAUUUGGAGAAGCCUCGUACUACCGUCGGCUGGAAGGGUCUGAUCAAUGAUCCUGACAUUGACGGAUCCUACAACAUUAACAAGGGCCUCCACAUCUCCCGUCAGCUUUACUCGAACCUGACUGAUCUGGGUGUCCCAAUUGCCAGUGAGAUGCUGGAUACUAUCUCUCCACAGUAUCUUGCGGAAUUCAUUUCCCUCGGGGCGAUUGGCGCGCGCACCACAGAAUCUCAAUUGCAUCGAGAGCUGGCGUCUGGCCUAAGCUUUCCCGUUGGGUAUAAGAAUGGGACAUCUGGCAGUGUUAGUGUCGCUAUUGAUGCCAUCCAGGCUUCCUCCAAGCCUCAUAGAUUCUUGGGUGUCACAAAACAGGGUAUGGCAGCUGUGACUCGCACCACUGGAAAUGAACAUGGAUUCCUUAUUUUGCGAGGCAGCAAUGAGGGCCCUAAUUAUACCAAAGAGCAUAUUGGGCGCGCGAAGCAGGCGCUGAAGCUAAAAGGCGAGCGGGAGAACAUCAUGGUUGACUGUUCGCAUGGUAACUCGGAGAAAAAACAUCAAAACCAGGCAGUUGUGGCGACAAAUGUGGCUGGUCAGAUUGCAAGUGGAGAGACUGCUGUCGUUGGUGUGAUGAUCGAGAGCAAUCUCAAUGAGGGCAAUCAAAAGGUGCCUCCGCAAGGGGCAAGUGGGCUUCGUCCUGGAGUCAGUAUUACCGAUGCCUGUAUUGACUGGGAGACAACUGUGGAUGUUCUGCAAAUGCUGGCAAAUGCUGUUCAAUAUAGACGUUUUGGGGCCAAUGGCUCAGCUAUUGAGUGUGCUGGGAAAUCCCAAGUGCGUUUCGAUAAGCAGAUGACGGAGGGUACUGCGCUCAAGUUGGUGUGA